AUGGCUAACACUGACGCUCUGAGCUUUUUCAAGGAUUUCAUGGCCGGUGGCAUCUCUGCCGCUGUGUCAAAAACCGCCGUCGCUCCCAUCGAGCGUGUGAAGCUGCUCCUGCAGGUUCAGGCAGCAUCCACCCAGAUUGCCGCCGACAAGCAGUACAAAGGCAUUGUCGACUGCUUUGUGCGUAUCCCCAAGGAACAGGGAUUCGCCAGCUUCUGGCGUGGUAACCUUGCCAACGUCAUCAGAUACUUCCCCACCCAGGCUCUUAACUUUGCCUUCAAGGAUAUCUACAAGCAGAUUUUCCUCGGUGGUGUAGACAAGAACACCCAGUUCUGGCGUUACUUUGCCGGUAACUUGGCCUCCGGUGGUGCUGCUGGUGCCUCUUCCCUUUGCAUUGUCUACCCUCUCGACUUCGCCCGAACACGUCUUGCCGCCGACAUCGGCAAGGGUGAUGGCAGACAGUUCAACGGUCUUGCUGACUGCCUGAAGAAGACCUUCAAGUCUGAUGGCCUUAUUGGCAUGUACCGUGGAUUCGGUGUGUCAGUCCAGGGUAUCAUUAUCUACCGUGCCGCCUACUUCGGCUUCUUCGACACUGCCAAGGGCAUGCUGCCCAACCCUAAGACCACACCCUUCCUGGUCUCAUGGGCCAUUGCUCAGACUGUCACCACUGUUGCUGGUAUUGCCUCUUAUCCCUUCGACACCGUGCGUAGGCGCAUGAUGAUGCAGGCUGGCCGUAAGAAGGCUGAUAUCAUGUACACUGGCACCCUCGACUGCUGGGCCAAGAUCGCCAAGAAUGAGGGUACUGGUGCCUUCUUCAAGGGUGCCUUCUCCAACGUCCUCCGAGGCACUGGUGGUGCUCUUGUGUUGGUCUUCUACGACGAGAUCAAGAAACUCAUCUAA